GAGAGAGAGACAUAGGUGGAGACAUAGAGAGACAUAACGCGGACUGUGUCUAACGGGGACAAAAAGACAAAAGACUUAAAGCAAAUUUAGUUGAAUUUUACUUUUCUCUUCCUGCUUUGUCCGUUUCCUUUCACUUUUGGCGUCAGCCAUGUGCGGAGGCUUAAUUUCAUCUGCGAGGACACAGAAGGAGCUUUGAAGACUUUUCAGAAUCCAUCACAGGUCUUAGAGUGACUUUUUUUUUUUUAAUUAUUAUUGUUCUGCAUGGAGGACAAAAGAAAAUCCAAAUCCUCUUUAAAGAUCCUGUCGCGACGGGCUUUUACGCACAGAGGCUGAUAUCCGGCGCGUCCGGACGCAGCAACUCGGCGAUUUCUAUCUUUUAUUUUUUUUACAUAUAUAUAUUUUUUUUAAUGGACAAGUAACAAGAGGUGGACAACGUGAGAAUCUGCAACACAGAUAUACAGAAAUUUAAUCUGAAGAAGAUCGGGGAAGUUGAGUAGGGGACGUGUGCGGACGCACUGUGGCGCACAAAUGGUGUUCCUGUGGGAUGCAAAAUACGACCCAGCCCCUGGCCGGCGUUACACUCCCCCUUCCACCACCCUCGCCUCAGGGGGGAAGAUGGCUGAGGCGCUGCCCCUGGGUGCUGCCCAAGAGGCCGGAGGCGGGGCGGCUCUGGUGGGCAAGCUGCGCAUGGCGGACCGCGGCAUGGUGGAGGUGAUCUCCGAUCAUCCUGGAGAGCUGGUGAAGACAGACAGCCCCAACUUCCUCUGCUCAGUGCUGCCUACCCACUGGAGGUGUAACAAGACUCUGCCCAUUGCUUUUAAGGUGGUCGCCUUGGGUGACAUCCCCGACGGCACCUUGGUGACGGUGAUGGCGGGCAACGACGAGAACUACUCGGCGGAGCUUCGCAAUGCCACUGCUGCCAUCAAGAACCAAGUGGCCAGGUUCAACGACCUGCGUUUCGUGGGCCGCAGCGGAAGAGGGAAGAGUUUCACUCUCACCAUCACAGUGUUCACCAACCCUCCUCAGGUGGCCACCUACCAAAGAGCCAUUAAAAUUACAGUGGACGGUCCUAGAGAGCCACGACGCCAUCGCCAGAAGAUGGAUGAGGUCAAACCAGGCUCCCUUGCAUUCUCUGAGAGGCUAACGGAGCUGGAACAGCUGAGGCGGAGCUCGAUGAGGGUGACGCCGCCUCACCACCCGCACCACCAUCCCCACCACCACCACCACCACCACCAGCCCUCGGCCAACAGCCGCCAGUCUGCAGCACUCAACCCUGCCACCUUCUCCAGUCCCACUCACUCUCAGAUAACUGCCGAUUCCAGGCAGAUGCAGUCGUCUCCAUCUUGGUCCUACGACCAAUCAUAUCCCUACCUUGGCCAAAUACCCACGCCCACUGUCCACACCGCCAAUCCCCUUUCGCCCGGCCGCUCUUCACUCAGUGACUUGUCGUCACGAAUCACAGGUCCUGACCUCACAGCUUUUGGAGACCCCAGGAUGACCUUGGAACGAUCUUUCACUUCCCUCCCCGACCCCCGGGUCCAUUACCCUCCCACAGCAGCUGCAUUCACCUACACCCCGUCCCACAACCCUGUCUCCAACAGCGCUCUUGGCCUCACCAUGGCAACAGCCAUGGCUUCCACUCCAGCAGGAAGGUACCACACCUACCUGCCUCCUCCCUACCCUGCAAAUACCCCCCACCAGGCUCAGAACGGGCCUUUCCAGUCCACCUCCUCACCAUAUCACCUGUACUACUCCACCACUGCUGGAUCAUACCAGUUCUCUAUGAUGGCUGGAGGAGGCAGCAGUGACUCGCGCUCCCCUCCAAGGAUCCUGCCGCCAUGCACCAAUGCCUCCACAGGCUCCUCCCUCCUGCACCCCUCUUUGCCCACUCAGAACGAAGGAGUGGGUGUUGAGGUGGAGUCCAGCCACAGUAGCUCCCCGACAAACAUGGCAGCCGCCGAAGCUGUCUGGAGACCUUACUGAACCAGCAAAGGUGGUGAAGGACACUCUGAAUGACGCACAAUGGAUAUGACCUCUUGGUCAUGAUGGCAGACACUGAACAAAAGUACACACCAAUCCAAAAUACGAUAAAGUGACAUGAGGGGCAAUAAAUCAAUGUAAUGUCAAAGAUAAUUAUCAAACUGGGAAUCCCAAAUCUCGGUUAAAGGAUAAAUAUAUUUUUCUUAUUGUCAACAAAUCACAUGAUAAGACCAAAAUCAAUAAUAUAUUGUUACAACUUUAUAGUUUAAAUACAGCUGGGUACCGUAGUUUUUGACAGAUCUUAAAUAGCGCUUUUGUUUGGGAGUAUUUCUAGCGGCGGAUUAUUCCACAUUUGGCGCUUUACUGAGUAUUUGGAGACAGCAGGAUGGUGUUUCUGCAACGGACUCAAAAUAAACCACAGUGUGUGAGUUUGUGGUGAUGAAGGAACAUGUCACCCAGUGCAACAUUGUGACUCAGUGUUUUAAUGUGUUUCUGGACAAAAAUGGAGCUCUGUGGAUCAGAGGACUAAGACAUAUCAGGUUUUGGAAACACACACCGUCUUUGUUAGUUGUUUUUUGUCUGCGCAUGGGAUUUGUUGACAUCAAGAAAAAAAGUGAAGAUCAACAGACCUGCCAAAUUAAAACUUGGGUGUGUUCAAGUUAAUAAGCUGAUUUAAUUUUGUGAGUAAUAACACGGAAUUACACAUAAAACUCCCUGAUUGACUCAGUCAGAAAGCCCCCUAAUUUUUUUUCCCAGAUCAUAUUGGUAUUUUAAAACUUUUCAAAGUGUUUCUUUCAUUUUAAGAAUUCUAUUGAUUCUUUGUUUUAUUUAUAUUUACACUGAAACAACGAUCAUGGGUUUCUACAUUUCGGAAAAAAAACAAAAAAACAAACACCAUACGCCAUCACAUCACCAGGUGCCACAUGAGUGCGCACAGUUUGAAACCGGCUACUGACGAAUGAUGUUGGUCGGUGACCAACAAAAAGAGGGACAAUGACAAGUGCAUUGGCCAACAGACAACAGUGAGUGGAUGGACUCAUAAUAGGUUAUUUCAACCUAACAUCCCAGUUUCACUGGAGGAUAUAGAAAGAGACAAAGGACUCCAAAGAAGAGUUUCUAUGAAAUAAUGGACUUAACCAUGGACAUUAAUGGGGAGAAGCAGGGUAAGAUUGUGGUUUAACACUGACAAACUGCAUGCAGCAGCACUGGACUGAUCUCAGCUCAGCCUUCUUUGUAAAUGAACAGGACUUUUUCCCUCCUAAAAAUGUUGUGAAUAGAUGACUUGCAUCCAUCUUCCCAUCCUAUUACCACUCUGCUCUCAUUUGUGGUUGACAUUUGUUUUAGAGGAACUGAGCCCAAAAAUAAGGAAAUAUGGUCACUUCACUCACUAAGGUGGUUUUGAAGGCCCCUGACACAAAUUCUGGACAAAAACUCUGACCUAAGACCCAGACUGCAUACUUCAUCCAACAACUGCAACUGAUGGCUGAACUGCUUUACAUUGGACUCAAAAGAUCCUCAAAUCAUCAUUAGAAACUUAGCCAAACAUAAGGAAAUCAGCGCUCUCCAGGCCCCAGAUAAUCAGGUUUUUACAGGACUGCUGCUACACCUGGUUUUAUACAAUUAGCCCCUCCUACAGACUGUUAAUUGAAAAUCAGUCAAGCAAAACAUACAAUAUUUACAUGGAAAACAAUCUGAAAUUACUUAGCCAUUAGCUAGCGCUAGCUUACAUGCUAAUGCUAACGCUGUUGACGGUCUUUAUCAUUAUGCUAACGCUAAUGACAAAGACUGUCAACAAUACUUUGACUCUAGGGGGGAAAUGCGACAAUGGAAUUAGCCAAAAGUGGUAACUAACCUGUUCAGCCCGUCACAUGGAGUUAUAAACGGAAUUAGACGUCCCUUCCAAAGCCUUCUCUGUUGAGUGUUGACCCAUUUCCUCACUGCACUGAAAAAAAAAAGUCAUUACAGUAUGAAGUUUUGUAAAAAUGCGUUAAUUUAUUCCUACGAUACCACUUUUAUUUUUG